AUGUCGUCGCUCGCGAAUACCCCCAAGCCAAAGAGUCCUUUGGGUUACCAUAGAUUGCUUGCCCCAAGCGCUGGAGUAAGAGUUUCGCCGCUAUGCUUGGGUACUGCAAAUUUUGGUGAGGCAUGGAAAGAAUAUAUGGGUGAAUGCAGCCGGGAGACUGCAUUUUCACUGCUUGACCAGUUUUUUGACAAUGGUGGCAACUUCAUUGAUACGGCGAAUAGCUAUCAGGCAGGAGAAUCUGAGGUCUGGGUCGGAGACUGGAUGGCUGAACGUGGCGUUCGAGAUCAAAUUGUGCUUGCUACCAAGUACACGUCCUUCUAUCCCGGCCCGGGGGAAAAGCUGGGUAUCCGGGCUAACUAUCAGGGCAACAAUACAAAAAGUUUGAAGCUGAGUGUGGAUGCAAGUCUGAAAAAGUUAAAGACAGACUACAUUGAUCUGUUAUAUGUCCACUGGUGGGAUUUUACUUCCUCCAUUGAGGAAGUGAUGCAGUCUCUGAACAACCUGGUGGCCGCCGGAAAGGUCCUCUAUCUCGGAAUAAGUGACGCUCCUGCCUGGGUUGUUUCAAAAGCAAAUCAAUAUGCCCGCGAUCACGGCCUACGUACCUUCUCUGUUUACCAGGGCCGCUGGUCUGCUGCCUGCCGUGAUUUCGAACGAGACAUCAUUCCAAUGGCCAAAAACGAAGGCAUAGCGCUGGCACCAUGGGGAGCACUUGGUAGUGGUAACUUCAAGUCCGAGCAGCAACGCCAAUCCGACGAUGGUCGCCGGUUUAUUCCUCCCACCGAAGCCGAGAUCGCUGUUGCAAAAGUCCUUGAGCAAAUUGGGGACAAACGCCACACCCUUAUCACAAGUGUGGCACUCGCAUACGUCAUGCACAAGGCCCCGUACGUAUUCCCAGUUGUCGGGGGAAGGAGGAUUGAACAUUUAAAGGGGAACAUUGAGGCAUUGAGCUUGGAGUUGAGUGAAGAGGAGAUUGAUGAAAUCGAUGCGGCAACACCCUUCGAUGUAGGGUUCCCACUGAACUUUUUACUAAGUGUUUCGGGUGCGCAGUAUAAGUUAGGAGUGAAGGCGAGUGAGAUCGGAAUGGUAAAGCUGGCAGCAUAUUUGGACAUAGUCCAAGAGCCACAGCCGAUAAAGCCCAGGAAGAUCUAA